AUGGACGUGUGGGGCCCAGCCCGCGUCCGUGGACAGGGUCACGAGCGUUACUUCCUGCUGGUCGUUGACGACUACUCGCGUUACACCACAGUCUUCCCCUUGCGCAGCAAGGGUGAGGUCACUGAGGUGUUGAUCGACUGGAUCCGCGGUGCCCGUUGCCAGCUCAGCGAGAGUUUCGGCUCGGACCUUCCUGUUCUGCGUUUGCACUCAGACAGAGGUGGUGAGUUUUCCUCCGACCUUCUGAGGGCCUUCUGUCGUGCGGAGGGCAUCCGCCAAACGUUCACGCUUCCGGCCUCCCCACAGCAAAAUGGGAUUGCUGAGCGCCGCAUUGGCAUGGUCAUGGACGUCGCUCGUACGUCCAUGAUCCAUGCGGCUGCUCCCCAUUUUUUGUGGCCGUUCGCGGUUCAGUACGCUGCGCAUCAGAUCAACCUUCAGCCUCGUGUCUCCUUGCCGGAGACCACACCUACUCUGCGGUGGACGGGGAAGGUUGGCGAUGCGUCAGUGUUCCGUGUCUGGGGAUCUCGAGCUUUUGUCCGUGAUGCUUCAGCGGACAAGCUGUCCUCCCGUGCCGUUCCUUGCGUCUUCCUUGGCUUCCCCCCUGACGCACCCGGGUGGCAGUUCUACCACCCCACAUCGCCUCGUGUUCUGUCCUCUCAGGACGUCACGUUUGACGAGUCGGUGUCUUACUACCGUCUCUUUCCCUACCGCACUGCCUCUCUCCCCCCCCCGCCACUCUUCCUAGCACCAGGUACUCCUCCAGUAGACCCCCUCCCCCCUCAGGGUCCUGCCCCCUCAGGUGUGUCCCAGGUAGACCCUGCUGAGCCGGUCGAGGUAGCUGUCUAUACAGGUGCUGCUAGGGGUGCUGAGCCUGAGCGUGUGGAGCCUGGGGGUCCUGAGCCUGGGGGUGCUGAGCCUGGGGGUGCUGAGUCUGGGAGUGCUGAGUCUGGGGCCUGA